UGUAGGAUUUUUUUGACCACCAGGAUUUUAUUCAAGUCUUUUUAUUUUUUUAUUCUUUAAAGUAUCCACCUUGAUUUGAUCUGCUGAGAUGGACUCAGACACCGGCUCCACCUGCAGUCGCUCCUCGUCCCCGGACCUCACCGUCGACUCCGGCUUCUUCUCCAGCAAGAUGUUCCAGCAAGCCGGGAAAGACGGAUCUCCGGUUCCUGGAGGAAAGAAUCGGAACCGUCCCGAGCUUAACAAAGAAGACCUCCAGGAGCUGCGUCUCAAGGUGAACAGCCGCGAGCGGAAACGCAUGCACGAUCUCAACCAGGCCAUGGACGGCCUGCGCGAAGUCAUGCCGUACGCGCAAGGCCCGUCGGUGCGCAAGCUGUCCAAGAUCUCGACCCUCCUGCUGGCGCGCAACUACAUCCUCAUGCUCUCCAGCUCCUUGGAAGAGAUGAAGAAGCUAGUGGGCGAGGUCUACGGGUCUGGUGUGGCUCAGAACCACGCCGCGAGACCCGUCUUAGCUCCGUCCCAGCUUCCCUUGCACCCUCUGGCGCAGUCCUUGCACUCUCUGGCAGGUGGAGCUGCAGCCGUAGGCUCCACCCCCCUUCAGCACACCAGCAGCACGCACACGGCCGUGGCUCAAGCUCCCCAUUCUCCUCCAGCAGCGGGAUAUCUGGGCUUCCACGCGCCACCGAUCCCAAGCUUACUCAAGGACCCGCUGCACUUGGCCGGCUCAUACAGGCACUUCCCCGGCAUGCCGUGCCCGUGCUCCCUGUGCCAACCUUUACCCGUGUCCACAGCCAGCCUGCACGGCCUUUCAAUGAGCAAAUGAACCAAAAACUCCAAGCAUGGACUCAAAGCAAAGAUCUCCUGAAUGUUUCUAAUGUACAUGAUGUUCUGCAUGAUGUUGA